AAGAAGUACGACUGACGACGUUGUACUAUACAUACAGCUUUGACUUUUAUUCUGUGAACAUACAUCGCAAAUGUACAUUUUUUGAGCAAGUCACUAUAAUAAUUAUAAUACGAAUAGUGUGUGCAGUGAUAUGCAAAAUUCGUUUAGGUGUUUCAAGCUCAUAACAUCUUCAAAAUACCGUGUGCGCAUUGCCUAACAAAUCUGAAAAUCAAAAUUUAAUGUAAUUGCAAAGUGGCGUAUACAAUAUGUUUGCGUAAUUUUAUUAUUAAAUAUGUGUAUAUCUUCCAUGAUGCAGAAGAGUUUAUGUAAAAUAUAAAAAAAAAAAUUCGUGAGGUGUUCCUCGAAGUGCUGGCAUAUGUAUAUCUUACUGUAGGUAUGUUUUAUGCACAAAUAUGCAUUAGAUUUUUUCUACUAAAGUAAUUAGACGUUAUAUAGGGAAGGUAUCGACAGCAAUUGCGAAGAAGCUGAGAACUGUUUCAUGUAAAAUUUCUAUUAACCAUCCUAUUUUACAUUCGUGCAGAACACGAAAGCUGUCGUGAAAUAUGUGAAAAUGCGUAUGGUAUUGAGGUCUUAUUCCUAAUCUAUAUAUGGAAGAAACUUACUAUCUAAGAAGUCUUUUAGAAAAAAGAAUAUUUAAAAAAAACUCAUGGAUAUCCACUCAGAAGAGAAACCUCAUGUGUGUGAGGAAUGUAAUAUGUCAUUUAAAUUCAAGGGCAGUUUAAAGCAGCAUAUGCUUGUCCAUACAGGAUUGAAGCCUUAUGUGUGUGAGGAAUGUAAUAUGUCAUAUAAAUUCAAGGGCAGUUUAAAGCGGCAUGUGCUUGUCCACACAGGAUUGAAGCCUUAUGUGUGUGAUGUAUGCAACAAGUCAUUUAAACAAAAGGAUAGUUUAAAUAUGCAUCUAAUUAUUCACACAGGAGUGAAACCUUAUGUAUGUAAUGUAUGCAACAAGUCAUUUAUGUUUAAGGGUAGUCUAGCCACACAUAUCCUUAUUCACACAGGAGAGAAAGCUUAUGUGUGUGAUGUAUGCAACAGGUCAUUUAGACAAAAGUGUAGUUUACAAAUGCACCUACUUGGUCACACUGGAGAGAAACCACAUGUGUGUGAAAUAUGUAACAAAUCGUUUAAAGGAAAAUCGAUGUUAAACCAGCAUAUACUUCUCCAUACAGAAGAGAAACCUCAUGUGUGUGAUAUAUGUAAAAAAUCAUUUAGACUAAAGGUUUCUUUAAAUACACAUAUGCUUAUUCACACAGGAGAGAAUCCAUUUGUAUGUGAUGUGUGUCAAAAGUCAUUUAUACGGAGGCGUGAUUUAGACCUUCAUGCCCGUAUUCACACAGGAGAGAAACCCUAUGUAUGUAAUGUGUGUAAAAAGUCAUUUAGACGAAAGAAUCAUUUAAACGUGCAUGUGCUUAUUCACACAGAAGAGAAAAGUCAUGUGUGUGAAGUUUGUAAUAAAUCAUUUAGGUUGAAAGCUCAAUUAAUACAGCAUAUGCUUAUCCAUACUGGAGUGAAGCCUCAUGUUUGUGACAUAUGCAAUAAACCAUUUAGGAUAAAAGCUAGAUUAAACCAGCACAUGCUUCUUCACUUAAGAGAUAAACCUUUUGUGUGCGAGGUAUGUACAAAUUCAUUCAUAGAAAAGGAGGAGUUAAACCAGCAUAUGCUUAUUCACAUGUUAGAGAAAUAUCGUAUGAGUGAUGCAUGCAACAAGUCAUUCCAACGAAAAGGUGAUUUAAGCAAUCAUAUGCUUCAUCACUUAGGAGAGAAACCUUAUUCAUGUCAAGUGUGUAAUAAUUCAUUUAGUUGUAAGCGUGGUUUAAGAAAUCAUAUGCGUAUUCAUACAGGAAAGAAACCUCAUGUGUGUGAGGUAUGUAAAAAAGCAUUUAGAUGGAAGAGUGGUUUAAAAAGUCACAUGCUUAGCCAUACUGGACAGAAAAUUCAUGUAUGCGAGAUGUGUAGCAAGUCAUUUUCGCACAAGGCUAGUUUAAACAGACAUAUGCAUUUUCAUACAGGGAAGAAAUAUUCAUGUGAAGUGUGUGAAAAGUCAUUUGCGCAAAAUGGUGGUUUAAAAAAGCACAUGCGUAUUCAUACAGGAGAGAAACCUUAUGUAUGUGAAAUAUGUAACAAGGCAUAUAGACUAAAGGAUGGAUUAAACAUGCACAUGCUUAAGCACACUUAAGAUAAUCUCAUGUGUGUAAGGUAUGUAACAAACUAUUUAGGUAUAAGAGUAAUUUAAACUAACAUGCUUAGUCGUAGAGUCGAAAAACCUCAUAAAUUAUGUUUGUAACAGUUCAUUUUGACAGCACAGAAAUUUGGAAAAAAAAAAAACGUUUGAUCUUUGGAUUAUGGUAACUUGGCGAUUUUUUGGCGACUAACUGUGCUACAGCAACCCUUUAUUUUUUUU